AUGUCUCAAGUUCAAAGUUCCGGAUUGGCCGACCUUGAAAAAGAGCUGAUUUGUACCGAGCUCCUAUACCAACCCCUCACUCUCCUCGAUUGCCUCCAUACUUUCUGCGGCUCAUGCGUGAAAGAAUGGUUCUCUGCGCAAGGGCUGCGUCGCCCCCGCGCCUCCCCUCGAUUCACCUGUCCAUCUUGUCGUGCUGAAGUGCGCGACACCCGCCCAAAUGCUACCGUGACGACCCUGCUGGACAUGGUCUUGACCGCACACCCAGAUCGGGCAAGAGCGGCAGAUGAAAAGGCGGAAAUUGCUACUAGAUACACCCACGGGGAGUCAGUGUUUCCAGCACUUCCUUCGGGCGGGGAGAGUGCGGAGGAGGGCGAGGACGAUAGACGUCUUCUGGAGGAUGUACGCGAGCUGAGUCUACGCGAAAGUCGGUUACAAGCUAGGCGCGAGGCCCGGCGGAUGGGUCAAUCUUCGCGGACGCGUGAGAGGAGCAGCCAUACCGAGGGGCCUACGGAGGACGGUCGGUCCAGGCGUCGGAGGGAUGAUGAUACGACGCGGCAACAACGUACAUUACGGCCCGAUGAUUCGGAGCGCACGCGACGGAUCGAGCAUCAAUCCAGUCUGCGGUCAUUAUUGAGUUUAUCCUCUGAUGCGGAGACUAUGGAGGAAGAGAUCUUGCGGCAAAUUCUCGAGGACGGAUUACUGGAUAACAUCAACCUCGAUAAUCUCGGCCCAAGGCAAGAAGAGGAACUCAGUGAACGCAUCGCGGAUGCUUAUCGCCGGAGGCAUAUGCAAAGGUCGCAGUCUCGUCAGCGACAAGAACAAGGACAAGAACCCCGGCAAGAGCCUGACGGAACUGCGCGAACACAUGCGAGGUCCGAGUCCGCCCAUAGGACUACGGAACCAGCGGCGGGUACCCGAGAGCACAAUGUUAGAAGACCGCCAAUUUCCAGACCGCAUCUGUUCGAUUCGGCUCCCACGCGGCCCAGCGUAGGACAUCAAAGACGCAACUCGGAACAAGUGGGUGGGCGCCGAAGGACCUCGCCCGUCCGAACAAAUCAGGCGUCAGCAUCAGAUGAAGCCAUAAGGCCUGCUGCCCGAUCCUCGAGUGAUAUGACUGCGGAUCGCCGCGUCUCUCGGGCUGGGCGCUUACGAUCAGAGUCAUCAUCAUCCAGGCCGCGACGUGCCACAGAGUCUGAACAGAAUCUCUCUAGCACGUUGGUGGCCGGAGAACGAGAACGAGGCUCCUCUAGACAGACCAGGAGUCAAUCAGCCACGAACUCUCCCACUUCUGGCUCUGGGAACUCAAAUGCAUCCCGCCAUUUGAGCCACACGGACCACACCCUUCCGUCAUUAUCUUCGCCCCUUGUUCCAAACCGGUCAGAGAGACGAACAAGACCAUCUUCGUCCCGAUCCAAUGUUCCUGCUUCUCCCACUGUACAAUUCCCAGAGCCGUCUAUCUCUUGUGACCGUUGCGGAAAGGACAACAUCCAAUAUAGUCUACACAAGAGAUGCACAAGUUGCAAGGAAGGAAACUUCCACCUGUGUCUACGAUGUUACCGCUUGGGACGUGGCUGUCUUCGAUGGAGCGGAUUCGGUGCCUCCGCACAUACGACAUUUCAAAGAAUCAUAUCGUCGUCUACUCGACGCCCUGUACAAAUUAAUGACUCAGGUCAUAUCUUACUGUGGUUCAAAUAUCAGCGGCCCUCCGAGACUUCUCAUAAAACGAUGAGCGGAGAGAGACAAAUGACGAGCGACAACCCCGUCCGCCGGCUACAAAGUGGCCUCUUCUGUGAUACCUGUCAAUCGUCGGCAAACGAUUGUUUUUGGAAAUGCAACCAGUGCAACGAGGGGGACUGGGGGUUCUGUAACUCCUGCGUCAACCAAGGACGAUGCUGCACCCAUCCCCUAUUGCCAGUCCGGCGCAUUACCCAUAGUCCACCUCCAUCAUCAUCAUCGUCCACCACGCCGCCGCCAGCUGAAUCAAAUACCCUUCCCACACCAUCCGAGAUCGAGAGCUUCAAAAUUCUCUCAUUCUCAACAAAUUGCGAUAUCUGCACAUAUCCAAUCCCAGCCUCAAAUACCCGCUACCAUUGCCUAGAAUGCAAUGGCGGUGACUACGACGUCUGUACAAACUGUUACCUCAAACUAGUGGCAACGGGCAAAAUCAACAAAGAGAACGGACACAACGGCUGGCGCCGCUGCCUCGCCGGCCAUCGUGUGAUAGUAGUCGGUUUCGAAGACCACGAAGAAGGCCAGCGCCGUGUUAUUGUCCGCGACCUUGUGGGUGGCCGCGCCCUAAAAGACGAGCAUGUAACACAAUCACAAUCACAAACUUCCUCGCCAGCAACCGGCGGCCCCGUUGCAUCCCCGGAGUUCGGAAACGGUGAUUGGAGUUGGAAGGACGGACCCGAGCGCCGUAAGAAAGCAUCCCGUCUGCGCGCCGGACCUGCCCCCAUGAACGAUACCAACAGAAGUUCUGUCUCUGUCCCUGAUUCCUCAAAUUCACUCGUUUCCAGUGCCACCGCGACCCCGAUUCAGGGUAUCCCGCCCUUCCGUCGCUUCCCGCCUGACGGUGGUGUCGGACUCGUCGUCCACGCUCUAUGGUCCUGGUACCCGGAAGAAGAAGUCUCGGACGAGCUUGUUUUCCCGCGCGGUGCGCAUAUCACCGAGGCGGAGAAUAUUAACGAUGAUUGGUUCUGGGGAUGUUAUGCUGGUCGCACGGGACUCUUUCCUGGUUCGCAUGUUGAAUUCGUCAGGGAGGUCCUCAGGUAG